AUGUUGACAGCCGUAGCUUUUUUGGAAGAAAGCCGGAAUCUGUUCGCUGGUCUACAUAUAUCAGGGGAGCAGAGUGGUGGUGGCUGGAGCUUCCUUGUGCGGCUUUGGAACGGGAGGAGAAGGAGCCCAAGAAUGUCUGGCAAGGUGGGAGGUGCGGAGGACGUCGGUGGGGCGGAGAAUGGGCCCGAGAUCGAGGAGCUAGCCCGUUUCGCUGUUGACGAGUACAACAAGCAGCAGGUAGUUCCUCCCCUCUCUCUGUGCGUUGAUACGCUAGAAAUUUGCCCUAAAUUUCUUUUUUUUUCUCAAGAUCAUAUUUUCCUAGCAAUUUCUCGAAAGGAUGAUCUACUUCUGGUCGACUGUCGUCAUUGCUCGUCGUCUUUUCCCCAAUAAGCAGAUCGAUCUCCACCCCCCACCGGAUUGGUUUCUUCACAGAAAAUGAUUCUCGAUGCUGAGCUCUCGAUAUUUACUCUCUAGUUUCCAUUUUCCCUGCGACAUCCGGUUUUUGUUUCGUCGAGCAUUCUUGUGACACAUGGUGCUGAGAUUCACGACUCCUCCCGCGGAGUGUCCGCUUGGCUACCCUGCAACUCUACUAUUUCUUUUCUAGUUUUCUUGUGGAUUUUUUCAUGGGAGGAGACUGCCCUCAUUUUUUUUUGUCAACCAACUUCUAGCGUGUUGGGAAUACGAGUCUUUAUCCAUCUCCGUCAUUGUAGGAGGAUUUCAUUUCAGGAUAUUGGGCUCGGCAUGAAAGCAUUGGAAUUAUGUGGAGAAUAGAUACAUUUUGCCUUCUUCCUCUGGAAAAAUAAAACCCUUGCGUUCUCAAUUAUUGAUUGAUUGAUUGAUCUCUGCCGAAAGGGAAUUCGCAGUUGUCUCAUUUUCUGGCUCUUUUUUCUUACCCCAGAACGGCCUUCUUGAGUUCUCUCGAGUUGUGAAGGCCAAGACGCAGGUCGUUUCAGGCAUCAUGCAUCACCUCACUGUGGAGGUUAAGGAGGGCGGCGUGAAGAAGCUGUACGACGCCAAGGUCUGGGUCCAGGGGUGGUUGAACUCCAAGAAGCUCCACGAUUUCAAGCAAAUUGGUAUUCUUCGCUCAUUGAGAUCAAGUCUCAUCUUUCAUUGA